UUUUUUUUUUUUUCCUUCUGCUUUCUUUGUUUUCAAUAUAUUUCUUUCUUGCUCGCCAUCAAGGAAAAGGGAUUUUUUUAAUAAAAAAAAUUCAGUUUUGUAUUCUUUUCUUUUCUUUACAAGCUUUUCCUUUACUCCCUCUUCCCUCAUAAAUUCUGAGUCUUUCUGCUCUUUCCUAAUUGGGUUUGUACAUUCAUUGUCUUUGGCUGCACCCCUUUUUCUCUUCCUUAGCUUCUAAUUACUUUCCCAAUUGGGUUAAGCUUAAAUUGAGGCUGCAGAAAGACUUGUCAGUUUUUUUCUCUCUCAAAGUUGUCAUUUUUAUUUUGUGGGGGGAUUUUAUUUUUCUCCAGUGUCUCUGUUCCAGUUUAGUAUCUGAGAGGGGUGUCAGUUUGUUCAUUGGGUUUAGAUCUCAAAACACAAGUGGUUCUAGGGUUUUCCUUUUGGACCAAUUAGGCAAUAAUCUUGAACUUCAACUUGGAGCAUUCUCUUUGAUUUUUUUUUUUUUUUUUUUUCACAAAGUGGGUCUUUUGUAGAUUCCUGAGGAGCAUGCUUCCUUUCCUACACAUAAAAAAAGGGUAUUCUGAUUCCUUUCAAAAAAUGCUUGUUGAUUUAUCCUUGAUAGUGUUGUGGUAAAACCUCCACCUCUGCUUGUCACUUAUCUCCCUCUCUCUCUUCCUCUGAAUCCACCCUGCUUCCCAUAAAGUUGUGCAAUCUUUCAACUGAAAUCUGAUCCCACAAACACACUUACACACUUAACCAAACCAAACCACCCUGAAUUGCCUUGUAAUCUUGUUUGUUCUACAUGCUCCCAUAGUGACAUAGUUUUUUGUGUUUUUUCCUUGUGAGUUUGGGGUGAUGAAGUGGGAAAUGGAGAUCCUCCCUCCUGCAUCACCUUACAUGUACAACUCCAGUUGGCUUCUGGAUGAUAACAGGAACAGCACCAAGUGGACCCCUGCAGAGAACAAGCUGUUUGAGAAUGCUCUUGCAGUGUAUGAUAAGGACACACCGGAUCGGUGGCACAAAGUGGCUGAGAUGAUUCCAGGGAAGACAGUUAUGGAUGUGGUGAAGCAGUACAAGGAGCUGGAAGCUGAUGUUUGCAACAUAGAAGCUGGUUUGAUCCCAAUUCCUGGUUACAGCACCACCUCACCCUUCACCCUAGACUGGGUGAACACUCCUGGCUAUGAUGGCUUCAAAGGACUCGCUGCUAAGAGAUCCUCCUCUGGUAGACCCCCUGAUCAGGAACGGAAGAAAGGUGUGCCAUGGACUGAAGAGGAACACAAGUUGUUUCUACUGGGGUUGAAAAAGUAUGGCAAAGGUGAUUGGAGAAACAUAUCACGCAAUUUUGUGAUUACUCGGACGCCAACUCAAGUUGCUAGUCAUGCUCAGAAGUACUUCAUCAGACAACUUUCAGGAGGCAAAGAUAAGAGGAGGGCUAGCAUCCAUGACAUAACAACAGUUAAUCUUACAGAAAGUACUACCAGGAGUUCUCCUUCUGAAGACAGCAAGAGAUCCACUUCACCACCACAGCCUUCCAUGAUGCUCUCACACCACCAGCAGCCGAAUUCUAUAGCCGCCUCGUCCGGCAUGAAUUUUCAGUGGAGCAAUCAGCCAAAUGGAGUAGCAGCUAUGGCUCUCAACCCUGCACAUGAACAAGUGUUCAUGUCUCCUUAUGGCCUUAACUCCUAUGGUUUCAAGGUGCAGGGCCAGAGUCUGCACAGAAGUCCUCUUCAUGAGUCUUCUUACUUAGGACCUCAGACACAGAACAUGGUUUUCCAAAUGCAACCCUCCCAACAUUAUUCCCAUGCAUGAUGAUGUGGUGGUUGUACUGAAUUAUUAUUUAUGGCUAGAACUAGAAGUACCAGUGUCUUUUGCUCAGUUCACUAGUACAGUGUCUAUGCUUUUUACCAUGUUUUUAUUUAUGUGAAUACCUUACAUUAGACUAGUAGUUAGUUAUUGCCUUCUUGGUACAUGAAUUUGAAGGAAGGUGUUGAAAUUCUGUUUCUUCAUCAACCUUAUAAAUACUUGUUAAAGGUGAAAGCUGCGAGGCAAUAGCCAAUAGGAAAACAAGUACCAAAACUUCGGAUUUGCUUAAGAAUAUUGGAUUUGAAGCUAAGUUUAGAAUGAAAUGUUAGCUUUAAAGAGAAAAGGGUCACUUGUACUAUGGCAAAGGCAUUUAUGUAUGGGAAGGAUACCACUGUUGGUGGAAAUGUAUUUUAAAGGAAAACAGCGAGUUUUUGAGA